CCAUUGAGAAAAAAAUUUACUUUGUUUACUAUACGCCGGCGGCGAUUUAUAAACAAUGGCAGAUGCUUGGGACAUAAAGUCGCUAAAGACGAAGCGGAACACGCUCCGCGAGAAGCUGGAGAAGCGCAAGAAGGAGCGCAUCGAGAUUCUCUCGGACAUACAGGAGGAUCUCACGAAUCCCAAAAAGGAACUAGUUGAAGCCGACUUGGAGGUGCAAAAGGAAGUGCUGCAGACGCUCAGCUCCUGCUCUCUGGCCCUGCCCAUUGUAUCCACGCAGGUGGUGGAGAAGAUUGCCGGCAGCAGCCUGGAAAUGGUCAACUUUAUACUGGGCAAACUGGCCAACCAGGGCGCCAUCGUCAUCCGGAACGUGACCAUCGGCACAGAGGCCGGCUGUGAGAUCAUCUCAGUGCAGCCCAAGGAGCUGAAGGAGAUCCUGGAGGACACCAACGACACAUGUCAGCAAAAGGAGGAGGAGGCGAAAAGGAAGUUGGAAGUCGAAGAUGGAGAACAGCCGCAGGAGAAGACAUUGAAACUGGACUCCAGUGCCGCACGCAAAGAGUCCACUAGUCUGGAUGCACCCGACGACAUCAUGAUGCUGCUAUCCAUGCCCUCCACCCGCGAGAAGCAGAGCAAACAGGUUGGCGAGGAGAUCCUGGAGCUGCUCACCAAGCCCACGGCAAAGGAGCGAUCAGUUGCUGAGAAAUUCAAGUCACACGGCGGAGCGCAGGUCAUGGAGUUCUGCUCCCACGGCACCAAGGUGGAGUGCCUCAAGGCCCAACAGGCCACCGCCGAAAUGGCGGCCAAGAAGAAACAGGAGCGAAGAGACGAGAAGGAACUUCGCCCGGAUGUUGAGACAGUCGAGAGCAGCACCGGGAAGCUACCCAAGACAGAAUCUGCAGCCGAGGAUGGAGAGAUCAUCGCGGAAGUUAUUAACAAUUGCGAGGCAGAGUCGCAGGAGUCCACCGAUGGCAGUGACACCUGCAGCAGUGAGACCACAGACAAGUGCACAAAGCUGCACUUCAAGAAGAUUAUCCAGGCGCACACGGACGAGUCUCUGGGGGACUGCAGCUUCCUUAACACCUGCUUCCACAUGGCCACCUGCAAGUACGUGCACUAUGAGGUGGACACAUUGCCGCACAUAAACACAAACAAACCCACGGAUGUGAAGACUAAGCUGAGCCUCAAACGGAGUGUGGACUCCAGUUGCACGCUCUAUCCACCGCAAUGGAUUCAGUGCGACCUGCGCUUCUUGGACAUGACGGUGCUGGGCAAGUUUGCUGUGGUAAUGGCAGAUCCUCCCUGGGAUAUCCACAUGGAACUGCCAUACGGCACAAUGUCCGACGAUGAAAUGAGAGCUUUGGGUGUGCCGGCCCUUCAGGACGACGGCUUAAUCUUCCUGUGGGUUACAGGACGAGCCAUGGAACUUGGUCGUGACUGCCUGAAGCUUUGGGGCUAUGAGCGCGUGGAUGAACUCAUCUGGGUGAAAACCAACCAACUGCAGCGUAUUAUUCGCACUGGGCGCACAGGUCACUGGCUGAACCAUGGAAAGGAGCACUGCCUGGUUGGCAUGAAGGGAAAUCCCACCAACCUAAACAGAGGCCUCGACUGCGACGUGAUUGUGGCGGAGGUGCGGGCCACCUCCCACAAGCCUGAUGAGAUAUACGGCAUCAUCGAGCGUCUCAGCCCGGGCACCCGCAAGAUCGAGCUCUUCGGUCGGCCGCACAAUAUUCAGCCGAAUUGGAUAACCUUGGGAAACCAGCUGGAUGGCAUACGGCUGGUGGAUCCCGAGCUAAUCACACAGUUCCAGAAGCGAUAUCCAGAUGGUAAUUGCAUGUCCCCUGCUUCUGCCAAUGCGGCGGCGAUCAAUGGAAUACAAAAGUAGGAUUAGCAUAGUAUUUUCUGUAUGAAUUGAGACCUCGACUAUAGUAAGAUAAAUUAUUAUUAAAGCUUUUUACAAACGGAAAAUA